GCGAGUUCGAGUUGUGAACUUCGUGACAGGUGAAACUUUUAAUUAAGUGGAAGGUGGAUGAAAACGGAAAAUUUUCUUUUAUUAUCCUUAUUUAAAACCUUAUAGAGAUAACAUGCUGCACAUUGCUCUUAUAUGGCUAUCAUUCCUUGAUUAUAUUCACUGUUUACCUGAACAUAAAUUAAAGAUACCUAAUAGCGAAAAUGUACCGGAUCCUUGUGAUCCUGGCAAGUUUGUAAAGUCCAUUGGUCACUUGAAUUAUGAUGGUGGUGGACCUCUUAAUUCAUUCGGUUCAGAUUUCGAAAGCAAACGGUCUUGGAGUCUACUCUGUCCAUUGGAUAGUGACGGUGAUGGAUUUACUAAUGGUCAAGAAUUAGGUGAUCCUAAAUGCCAAUGGAAAAUAGGUGAUCUACCUGAAAGAAUAUUCAAUAUUACUCAUCCAGGUGUAUGUACUCCUGUGGAUUCAGAGGUUUGUAAGAGACAGAUUAUAUGUAAAACUAAUAUUCAAACACAUUGUGGUUUUACUCAAUUCUCAACUAGUAUAUUAACUUUUAUAACAAUAUUAAUAGUAUUAUUAACAAUAUUAAAAUUUAUUAGUAAUACCGAAUUGAAAUAUCGUUAUGAACAUGAUAUAUGGCCUACAACCUGUUGUCCAUCAUUACCAUAUGAUAAACCUGGAUUUUCUUGGGAUAAUUAAUUUUUUGAUAAAGAAAAAAUAAAGAAGGUUCGUUUGUUUCUACGAGAUUUUAUUUUGAUAAAAAGGCACAUUGUGUAUAUGUGUGUAUAUGCUUAUAUAGUCUAUAUUAUUAUUAUUAUUAUUAUUAUUAUUAUUAUUAUU